AAUUGAAAGCAUAUUCUUUAGACAUCAAUAGAGUCUUCAUAGACUAAUCACAAUCAUAAACACCUGUAGUGUUCCCUUAUUUUACGAACUUUUUAAUAAAUAAAAAAGAAGAAGAUAAAUUAAUUAACCUCAUUGCAAAAGAGGAAAAACCUAAAGCCACAGCUUUCCAUAAAUAGACCCACUCACCAUCUCUGCACAUCACCCACAUCUUCUAACAGUCUCUCACUUUCUCUCUUCUCUCUCUCUCUUUCUUUUUUGAGUCCGUGAAGGCUAAGUCUGAAAGAAUGACGAAGGAUGAGUUGACGGAGGAAGAGUCGCUCUCCGGCAAGGACUACUUAGACCCACCGCCUGUGAAGACGUUCGAGGUGAGAGAGCUCAAGAAGUGGUCCUUCUACAGAGCUGUCAUCGCUGAGUUCAUAGCUACUUUGCUCUUUCUAUACGUGACUGUUUUGACAGUCAUCGGCUUUAAGAGCCAGACUGAUAUCAACGCCGGCGGCGGAGCUUGUGCCAGUGUCGGCCUCCUAGGCAUCUCUUGGGCCUUUGGUGGCAUGAUAUUCAUCCUCGUCUACUGCACUGCCGGCAUCUCUGGUGGACACAUCAAUCCCGCGGUGACGUUUGGGCUAUUCCUAGCUAGCAAGGUAUCAUUGGUUAGAGCUGUGUCGUACAUGGUGGCUCAGUGUCUCGGAGCCACUUGUGGAGUUGGUUUGGUGAAAGUCUUCCAGUCGACUUAUUACAACCGCUACGGUGGUGGAGCCAACAUGCUCUCCGACGGAUACAAUGUUGGCGUUGGGGUUGGUGCUGAGAUUAUCGGCACUUUUGUCCUCGUCUACACCGUCUUCUCCGCUACCGACCCUAAGCGAAAUGCCCGUGACUCUCACAUUCCUGUAAGCAAUUUUAACUAUCCUACAAGCCUCAAUCACAUGAAUAACAUUAAAAAGUAUCAAAAACCUAGCUAAAGACUUAUAGUAGUACAUAAAAUUGAUAGUUUUCUUUCGUUUCAUUUAUUUUUAACAAAAUGUAGUACUCGUGGUAAUUACAGAAAUAAAUAAUGGAAGAAAUAUUAGGAUAGAUUUUUUGAUUUCGUUGUCGACAAUUUUUCGUACAGAAUCAAAAUCUAGUGCCAGCUAUAUAACGCAUUUAUUUAAUACUGAAAACGAUGUCGUCUAGCCAUUUUGGCCCUAACGAAAAUAAUACGGACCAAGUGUAACGUCUAUCUUCUUCUAUGAGAUAAACGACGAAAGGGUGUCCAAUUAUUUUUCACUCAUUUCUUGUUCGUUUCUUUGGUACCAAAUGUCUAUUUACACGUUAUAACGACAUACCAUAUUUGUGCUCCACGUCUCUUCAUCACAUGUCUCUGUAUGUAAAUGGUCCAUAUUUUGCAUUUCCACAACGACCCAUGUGUAUGUGUACAUACAUUUUCCAUGAUAUUUGUCCUUGCAAAUAUAUAUGAUUCGUUACAAAACAAAUCUUUCUGUUAUGCACAUGGUCAUUAAUUGAUUCUUUUUCCCAUUCUAGUAAUCUUGGUAUUAGCACCAUUGCCAAUUGGAUUUUCCGUGUUCAUGGUUCAUUUAGCCACAAUUCCAAUUACUGGCACCGGAAUAAACCCGGCUAGGAGUUUUGGAGCUGCCGUCAUCUACAACAAUCAAAAGGCUUGGGAUGAUCAGUGGAUCUUCUGGGUCGGUCCAUUUGUGGGUGCAGCCAUUGCAGCAUUUUACCAUCAGUUUGUGUUGAGAGCUGGUGCAAUGAAGGCCUAUGGGUCAGUCAGGAGCCAGCUUCAUGAGCUCCAUGCUUAAAUUUGUUAUUUCGAACUAGCGAAGAGGUGAAGAAUUCUUUGGGCCAGGAAGGGAGGAAGGAAAAAAAAAAGGGACCCAAAUCAUAUAAAAGAAAAAACGAAUAUUAUUUAAGAUGGUCGGUGAGUGACAUUUACUGUGUCUUAUUUGUGGCUUUGUGGGGGAGGUUUGUGUGUAACAAUUUGUAACGUACAAGCAAUGUAUGUGUUAUUUGAUGCAUAUGAUAUUUAUAUAUCUACUUAUUGAUGAUUCUAUCUUUGAUCAAUCAUCAUUAUAACUUAAAUUUCAUAGAAAAAAACACAAACUCCAAAACCAUAAACUACUAUUGUUCCUAAAUUCUCAGGAAUGUCAAUGUCGA